UCCCCCCAUAAAAUCCUUUCCCCUUUUAUCUCUCCCACCUUUUUCUUCUCAGCUCCCUGUUUGGCUUCCGAGAAAAUUUAAUUUACAAGCUUUCUCAUGAAAUUUUCCUUUUCAAAUUACACCGCCACCGUUUUCGGCUCACUUAAAUUUUUGAGAAUUUUGGAAGUAGAACCAGCUAAUGACAUAACUGACACAGAAUCUCUUUUUUUUCUUUCCUUGUAUUUCUCGGAAGCCAAACAGGGUUUUUUUUUUUUAUUUUUUUUAUUUUUUUUUUAUUUUUAUAAAUCUUGGGUGUGAUUUUGAUUGAGGAUUAGGUCUGUGUUUGGAUUAAAGCAGAGAUUAUAGCGUUGUGGAUGUGAACUUUUGAAUGUAUAAUGGAUUUCUGUGGCGAUUAAGACCUGAAUUGGAUUAAUUAUUUUUAAGGGGUUUUAAUUAGAGUUUUGGCUUUGGGUGCUGUAUAUUGGUUGCUGCAACUUUCAGGUAGUAAUUGUGUUGUGAAGGUAAAUGAAGAUGAUAAGUGGAGCUUUAGGUCUUAGUGUUUGUGUAUUGGCUGAGAGAAAUGGGUCUUGCUCCAUUUGCUUGGUUCCUCGAAAAGUACAAGAGGAAUUUAAAUGCAUUGUGAUGCAUGAUGCACGAAAGACUUUUUUUUGUUUUUUUAAUCACAGCGCGCUACGCGCAACAUACAUAGUUUUUUUUUUUUUUUUUUUAUUUUUUUAUAACUUCGCAAUUGUCAAGAAGGAUGAUUUUUUUUCUGAAUUAAUGAUACCGAUCAUUAUCAACAACAAAAACAAUGUAAGAACUUUUUGAUAUGUUCAUUUAUUCCUCAGAAAAUUUUCGGUGCAUUGAUGGUUUUCUGUCUGAGUCUUGCAAUUUGGUUUUUGGAUAGCGAGAGGAAAAAAAAAGGAAAAUGCUUCAAAGUGUUGUUCUUUCAUAUAACAUGUAGAUGAGUGGAAUUUCUUGAUUAGAGUCGUUCAUUUGUCAUGAAUUAAGAAUGACAGUUCAUGGGAAGAAUUGUAAUUUGAAAAGGAGGACAUAUUCCAAAGAAGCGUACUUAGAAUCUCUUGUGUGAAAACAAACUGCAGUUUGAGGCUCUUUCUGUAAUGAUCUGUAAAUUCUAGUAUUGGACAUAUUGGAAAAUGCAGAGAUUAAGACCUUAAAUACAGGUCUCUUAAUUUGAUCGGAGUAGGUUCAGAAUGCACAAAAAAAGGUUUCAAUUCUAAUGUAAAUGAAGUUUUUUAUUCCUGGUUCUUUCUGACUGCGACAGCUUUCGUAUUUAUUCUAACUUGUGCUUCAUUUGACCUCAUUCACGUAUGUAUGUGAAGCUUCCUGGAGCUGAAACUCUUCGUUUAUGGUAUACAAGUUAGAGGCAAAAAUAUUGGCAGUAAUGGAAAUGAUACUAGGGGACCCUUAUGGGACUAAUCCCGGACCAAUUGAUGGUUCAGUGCUUUAUGAUCAGGACAAGCAUGUGUCUUCAGCAGUUUGGGAUGGCCAGGAGCGUGGUGGACUCAGAUGCCAUGAACACACUUCAAUGCUUGAUCAAUGGACACUUACGGAAAAACAGGUUGAGUUGGUAGAGAAGGCUGGAUUUGGUUAUUUAAGAUUGAUUCCUGCAAUUAGUCUAGAUAAUGCACUCAUUUCUGCACUAGUUGAAAGGUGGAGGAGAGAAACAAACACUUUUCACCUUAAUGUUGGAGAAAUGACGGUAACUCUUAGGGAUGUCGCACUAUUGCUCGGUCUAGCAAUUGAUGGAGAACCUGUAAUUGGUAUAACACAUACCACCUGCAACUCAGUUUGUGACAGGUAUCUCGGAAAAGUACCAGAGCCUAGUUAUACUAGUGGUGGAAUGGUGAAGCUAAGCUGGUUGAAAGAGUUCUUUUCCCAUUGCCCUAAAGAUGCACCACUCGAAGUGGUUGAAUGUCAUACCCGUGCUUACCUCUUAUACCUUGUUGGAAGUACAAUAUUUUCGACAACUACUGGGAAUAAAGUCCCUGUCAUGUACCUUCCACUGUUUGAGAAUUUUGAUGAGUGUGGGAGAUAUGCCUGGGGGGCAGCAGCAUUGGCAUUCUUGUACAGGUCACUGGGCAAUGCUUCUCUGAGAUCUCAAAGUACAAUUAGUGGCUGUUUAACGCUACUACAGUGCUGGAGUUACUUUCACCUAAAUAUUGGACGACCAAAGCUCAAUACUGAUUCAAUGCAUGAUCGUUUUCCUUUUGUUCUUAGCUGGAAAGGAAAGCAAAGUAGGCCAACAGCAUACCGUGAUGUAGUGUUUUACCGUAAAGCUCUUGAUUCCUUAAAAGCAUGUGAUGUGGAGUGGCAUCCGUAUAGAAAUAUGGAAUGUACGGUGAUUCCAGAAGAUAUCAAGAGCAAUCUGAUUAUAGAGAGGUCAAAAACAAUGCUUAUAUGCUUUGACAAGGCAGAAAGGCAUCUCCCAAAUCGUUGCCUAAGGCAAUACAGCAUGCUUCAGUCGGUCCCAGAGGAUGUACAGCGAUGGGAGAGAAAAAGUCGUCGAGUUGGUGGGGUUGACUUGUCAGGGAAAAUGGAGUCAGAGCUUAAUGAAUGGCUGGAACGUCGAUAUCAUAUUGUGGAUGGUGAUGAUGGUGCAGCUGAAAGUGAUUAUAUGCUGUGGUACUUGAAAAUUACACGUAAAUUUAUAGGGAGGCCUAUAUCUCUCUCGUCUGAGUUUCAAAGAACAGUAAGCUUCAGCAAAAAAAAAAGAAAGAACGCUGGGUUGAGGGAUAUUGCACGCAUAGCAGAUACAUUCAUAACAGAUGGGUUGGACCCAAAUCAAGCUGAUUCAAUUGAAGAAAUCAGGAGUAUUGCGCAUCAAUGUUUGGGGGACCAGGUUGGUGGUCCGGACACACCGUCACCCACCCCACAAAGUGAUUUUGGGAAAAGGAUAAGAGGAAAGGAAAGGGUAAGAAGAAAAGGUAUGGGAAAACGUUUGCGGAAGGAUGAUCCAGCACAAUACAUUACUGCUAGUGAGGAUGAUCAAUCCCAGUUUUGUGGUACCACUGUCAUGGUUGAGCAGUUACAUUUUCAGGAUGUAGAUGGUGAGGAUCAUUCGCAGCUAUAUCCUGUUGACAGUGAGGUCACUGCUUUGCAUAUGAUGAACGGAGAUGGUGAGGAUGAGAAUAUGCAGCUAUGUAGUGCCGACAUGGGGUUCGACCAUUCAGAGCCAAGCCAUGCGGCUGCUGUGGAGGGUAAUUCUGAGCUAAUAUGUGCAGUUGUGAAGGUCGAUGACACAGAGCUUUUUGAAGCAACCGAAGAGAUCGACUCACAGCUUCGUGAUGCAAUAAAUGAAGUCAAUGACUCACAACUGUCUGAUUCAACUGAGGUAGUUGAUCCACAGAUUUGCCAUGCAACUAAGGUCAUUGACUCACAGCUUCAUUGUGCACAUAACAAGGUUGAUGAGUUAGAGCUUCCUCAUUUUACAAGUGAGAGUGAUCCACACACAUAUAAAGUUGAAGCAGAGGUUGUUCCAGAGGCUUCUCUUGAGACUCCUCAAGAUAUUGCGCAGCAGAGUAAAUGUAGUGUUGCAGUAUAGAGUAAAGGCACUAUCAUGCAAUUUUUCUGAGGCAGCGCGAGCCUCACUAUACAGUAUUACGAAUAUGCAGGUAGAUUAGCAGUCUUGGAAAGGUAACAGCUCUUCGUAUAUAUGGCUAGUUAGCAAUACGAUGCUUGGAUUCAUGUUAAUUAUUGUACUGUUUUGUGUUCUGUAACAAUUUAUUACGUCUAAUCUAUUUUUGUGUCGUCGUUGUCUUUCGUUUAUCGAUUAUUCAUUUUCGUUUCGAAAUGUAAAAAUUACUGGAACUUGUUUAUGUUUAGGUACGGGGAAUAAUGUUCCACACUCUAGUAUAAUUUCAUGUAUAUUUUUAUCCCUAUGAAAAUUUUGAUGUUUCA